CGGUCGGCACGAAGAGGCAGUGGUGGGUAUAAAAGCCCCACCCUGGCCGGCCGACUCCGUACGGCACCGGCGACUUGGGGACGCUUCCUGCUCUCGGCGCGCCCGGCCCAGCUUCUUUCAAAAUGUCUACUGUUCAUGAAAUUCUCUGCAAGCUCAGCUUGGAGGGUGAUCACUCCACGCCCCCAAGUGCCUAUGGUUCAGUCAAGGCCUACACCAACUUCGAUGCUGAGCGAGAUGCCCUGAACAUCGAAACAGCCAUCAAGACCAAAGGUGUGGAUGAGGUCACUAUCGUGAACAUUCUGACAAAUCGCAGCAAUGAACAGAGGCAGGACAUUGCCUUUGCCUACCAUCGAAGGACCAAAAAGGAACUUCCGUCCGCGCUGAAGUCAGCUUUAUCUGGCCACCUGGAGACCGUGAUUCUGGGCUUGUUGAAGACACCUGCUCAGUAUGAUGCUUCUGAGCUAAAAGCUUCCAUGAAGGGGCUGGGAACUGAUGAGGACUCUCUCAUUGAAAUCAUCUGCUCCAGAACCAACCAGGAGCUGCAGGAAAUUAACAGAGUCUACAAGGAAAUGUACAAGACCGACCUGGAGAAGGACAUUAUUUCCGACACAUCUGGAGACUUCCGCAAGCUGAUGGUUGCCCUCGCCAAGGGAAGAAGAGCGGAGGAUGGCUCUGUCAUUGAUUAUGAGCUGAUUGACCAGGAUGCGCGGGAUCUUUAUGAUGCUGGAGUGAAGAGGAAAGGAACUGAUGUUCCCAAGUGGAUCAGCAUCAUGACUGAGAGGAGCGUGUGCCACUUGCAGAAAGUAUUUGAGAGGUACAAGAGCUACAGCCCUUAUGACAUGUUGGAGAGCAUCAAGAAAGAAGUCAAAGGAGACCUGGAAAAUGCUUUCCUGAACCUUGUCCAGUGCAUUCAGAACAAGCCUCUGUAUUUUGCUGACCGCCUAUACGACUCCAUGAAGGGCAAGGGGACUCGAGAUAAGGUUCUGAUUAGAAUCAUGGUCUCUCGCAGUGAAGUGGACAUGUUGAAAAUUAGGUCUGAAUUCAAGAGGAAGUACGGCAAAUCUCUGUACUACUACAUCCAGCAAGACACCAAGGGUGACUACCAGAAGGCGCUGCUGUACCUGUGUGGCGGAGAUGACUGAAUCACCUUGUGGCUGGAGCAGCCUGACCCCAAGUCACUUAACAUUUUAGAGAAUCAGCUUGCGACUAACAGACCCCCGAGCCCCUCCCCGUGAAGUCCAUGUGAGCAUUGCCCCUCCCCCACUAUUGUAGCUGCCUUACGCAAUGCCUGGCUUUCCCUUCAGUCUCUCCUUUAAGCCAAAGAAAUGAACAUGCCAAAGAGUUGGAAGUGAAGUCUAUGAUGUGAAACACUUUGCCUCCUGUGUACUGUGUCUUAAAUAAACUGAGUUUUUACUUUAGAAACAA